AUGGUUCAAGACAUUAAGGAUAAGGCCUUGUUGAUUGUUCAAGAAAAUGAUACAUCUAAGAAUAUCUCAAUCAUCAUUGACAUAGCCCAUCGUAUUCCUCUGACAAUUGCAAAUAUUUAUCAUGGUCAUGACCACGAGGAAGCUAAUGAGGAUGAGCUAGGGUUAAUAGAAGAACAAGUCGUGAUGGAUUUGAUGACCUUGGAAGAAACACGUGUGUUUAUGCCUGUAGUUCCAACAUCAAAGGAUGCUAUUGAAGGGCUUGAGAAGGUGAAAGUAGAGACAUUGAAUGGUGUCAAGAGUUUUGGUGAAACUUGUAUGAUAUGUCUUGGCAAGUUGAUUACAAAGGACAUUGUUGAACUAACUCGUAUGCCUUGCAAGCAUGUUUUUCAUGGAGAUUGCAUUAUUCAAUGGCUUGAAAUAAAUCAUGUUUGUCCAUUAUGUCGCUUUAGAAUGCCAAUUGAUAAAGAAGAUUAA